ACGGCGUCUGGUCUGAUAAAGUCUGAUAAACGGAAGAAAUUAUUGAUUUGCAAUUGUGAGGAAUCUCCCUUUUCACAACGAUGGCCUUGACGCUCCCUUCCCCGUUCAAUGAGCUCCCGAGGGAGCCCUUACUCUUUGGACCCUCGCCUAUCCAUAUUCUCAAUCGAAUGACCGACGAUCUCGGCGGCGCAGUGAAGAUAUGGGCCAAACGCGAUGAUUGCAAUUCUGGACUUGCGUUCGGCGGCAACAAGACGCGAAAAUUGGAGUAUCUUUUGGCGGAAGCUCUCGCCCAAGGCGCCGACACUCUAGUGAGCAUUGGAGGCGUGCAGAGCAAUCACACACGACAGGUUGCGGCAGUCGCAGCGAAAUAUGGGUUAAAGGCUAAACUUGUUCAAGAGCACUGGGUAGACUGGGAAGACGUCGUCUACGACAAAGUAGGGAACCUACAGCUUUCACGGUUAAUGGGGGCGGAACCACGGCUGGAUCCUUCCACCUUUGGUAUCGAACACAAACCCACCGCAGCCUCCCUCACCGCCGAAGUCGAAUCCGAGGGCGGGAAACCGUACUACAUCCCGGCCGGCGCCUCUGACCAUCCCCUCGGCGGACUCGGAUUCGCUCGAUGGGCAUUCGAAGUUGCCGCGCAGGAAAAAGAACUGGGCGUGUUCUUCGACACGAUAAUCGUAUGUGCCGUGACCGGAUCCACGUUCGCGGGUAUGAUCGCAGGGUUCAAGCUCCUUUCCAAGCUUGACCCCUCCUCGCCACCCCGUCGCGUGAUUGGGAUAGACGCGUCUGCGAAGCCUGCAGAGACCAAGGCGCAGGUUCUGCGCAUUGCGAAGAACACUGCUGCGAAGAUUGGGUUGAGCGAGGCGGAUAUUACAGAGGCGGAUGUGAUCUUGGAUGAGAGGUACCAUGCGGGAUCGUAUGGCAUACCGGAUAAGCAGACGAUAGAGGCUAUAAAGUAUGGAGCGAGGUUGGACGCGUUCAUUACGGAUCCGGUGUAUGAAGGGAAAAGUCUAGCUGGGAUGGUUGAUAUGAUCAGAAAGGGCGAGAUCAAGGGAGGGAAUGUUCUCUAUGCGCAUUUGGGUGGACAGUUGGCACUUAAUGCGUACUCUGAAAUGGAGAAUAAGGUAGGAGCUUGAUUGGAUUUAUUUUUGCGUAACCAAGUGCAUUUGAAGCGAGAAAUCAACGUAAUUGUAAGUAAA